AUGAAAGGGGGGCCGCGGUGUGUUUGUCGGGAUCUUUGUGUAGCUCGGAGCUAGCUGCGCUGCUAACCGCGGCUAGCUGCUGCAGCGGAGGCAGCUUUCCGGCACCAAAUGUGAAGGAAAUUCCGAGAUCAGCCUCCAAGCUGGACACGCAGCUAUGCGGGACUACUGGACGUGCGUUUUUCUCUUGCUGUUUGGUUGUCCCUAACUUCCGCUUUUCUGUUUUCUCUCAUCGCGGAGAUGCUAAUCGCUAGCCAGGCGCUAACCGUUAGCUCGGCCGAGCAUCAGCUCCCUCCUCCGCCUCCUCUGCUCUAAAUAUCCGUUAUUUGUCUCUGAAAUGACCGCGGGACACUCUUCCGGGGUUCGGCACCAUGUUGGGUCGGUGGACUGGGCUUGGAGCUCGGCUGGACCAAAGAGGGCCUGUGUUUGUGAUUAAAAAGGGAGCUAACCCCGUUAGCUGCGGUAAAAUGGCUCGGCGUCGCGGCUGAAAGCCAUUUCAGAUAUUCGUGGGGUCUCGGUGGGAGUGGGCUGAUGGCUGCAGGUGGCGCCCCGCAUCAUGUCGGUAACACUCGGCGCUCCGCCGCGCCCCGCAGCGGAGCGGGGGACGGAGCGCGGCUCCCCGCUCAGACUGGAAGGUCCGCGGCUGGAAAUGUCGGAUCGCCCCGCUUUGUCCGGAUGGACUCCUGCCGAGGCCGAACCGGGGCGGGAGGAGACGGGCCAAGGUCAGGCGGCCCCGGGCGGCUGUCUGGGUCCGGUCCGGCUCUGUUCGGGCCAGGAACCGGGUGGGGAUCCGGAGCAGCGGCGGGACCGUUAAAGCGGGUCAGACCGGGGGGGUGUGAACGGAGCCGGGCCGUUCCGGUCGGGUUGAGGCCUCGGCAGUGAUUCCUCAUUGGUGUGCCCAUCGCCCCUUGCUGGCCCGCCACCCCCAAGGCGGGCCGUGAUUGGCUGGAUGUCCUUUGGUGGUGGAAUAUGGCCUGGAGUCUCAGCUAAAGAGCUAAGCAACCUUGUUUUCUCCCCUCCCCUACCCCCCAUGGUCCCCCAACCCUUCACUGUUCAUUACUACGUUGUGAACCGUGACUCCUUCCAACUGCUCCGGGGUAGAGUACUAUGGCAAUGCAUGAUAUGAGUCGUGCCAAGGGAUUCCCCUGUAAAGAAUGUGAUAUGGUCUGCCCGAGUACUCCAAGUCUUCUAGAGCAUAUGAAAGCACAUUAUCAGCAGGAAGAGAGCGGUCGUUUUGAGUGUGAACAGUGUGGACGGAUUUACAAGCACGCAGCCAGCCUUGCCAACCAUAAGAAGUCUCACGAAGUGGGUUCGUUCCAGUGUCCAGUCUGUACGCGUACGCUGCCGAACGCGGUAGCUCUGAAAAACCACCUUCGGAUCCAUACUCUGUCCCCAAGCAGUGCACACGCAGAGGAGGAGAACGAGGAGGCCCCUGAGGAGGCGGGCCACGACGAGAGGAGCUUCGGCCUUGCCCAGGACCUCUCGGAUGGGUUUGGCCGUUCCCAUCUGAACAACAGUGGUGUUGGACAUAGUGUCCUACCUGGCCACGAGACAGACGACCACGGGAAAAAAGGCUCCCCUGAAUCUGACGACGCCUGGGACAGACCGUUCAAGUGUGACCAGUGUGACCGAACCUAUCGGCAUCACGGUAGUCUGGUGAACCACAAAAAGUGUCACCAACAAGGAACUUUCAAGUGCUCUGUGUGUUUUAAACAAUUCAGCAAUCUGGCUGCGUUAAACAGCCACGAGAGGACUCACUCAAAGUUCAAGACUCCAGGGGCGACCAUGGUGAGCAGCGGCGCUGGCAGCAGCCUCCACGAUUCGGAGCGCAGUGCCGGCUCGCAGUCAUCUCAGAGCGAUGAGUCUGCCUCCUGUUUCUGCCACUUGUGUCAGAUAGCGCUGCCGAACAAGGCAGACUUCCAGGAGCACAUCCUGCUGCACAACACGGCCUCGCCCUCACUCGGACUGCCGCGCAGCUUCCCCGGCAUCAUGCCUCACAAUCUGAGUGCCGUGCGGUCCCCGGCGUACACCCCGGCACUGGGUGACCCUCUGCCCCUACCCCCACUUCCUGCAGAUAAAAGGGGCCCGUACGACCCAAUUAUGGGUCCCCCAGUCAACAACCCCAUUUACACAUGUGCAUACUGUGGGGCUGGACACCCAGACCUAGAGACUUUAAAAGUUCACUAUCUAACCCAUGAUCCUCAUCCACCGUCCCACAGUCAGGACAGCUCCAUACUCAACUCGGACACACUCAGCUCUGGAUCACAGGGCUCGGUGGCAUCGCCCUCUGGUGGCCGUGUACCUCAGGCCAAUUCUCCAGAUGACGAAGAGCGCCGCUUCAAGUGUGGAGAAUGCGGUAAAAGCUAUCGGCAUGCAGGGAGUCUGGUCAAUCACAAACGAUGCCAUCAGACCGGCCACUACCAGUGCACCAUCUGCUGUAAGCAGUACCCCCACCUGGCGGCACUACAUAGCCACCUGAGGAGCCACAAGGGCCGCCCCUCCAACCAGCCAAUCGGCAACGACAGCGGCGACUGGCUGUCUCCUGAGCCGCUCACUCUGGAUUCCCAGCAGAGCUACGUCCAGGAGGGCAACACCACAAACACUCCAAUCUCACUGCCAGGAAACCUUGGUGAUUCCUCUCACUUUGUGCCGGAUGGCGGCCAUAGCAGCGGGUUGGACUCCCUAGAGUUCCAUGAUCGGUUUGACGGCAGCUCGCUUUCCCAGAGCAGCUCUACUCACCGGCAGGCAGACAGACAUGUUUGUGCCGACUGCGGUGAGAUGUACGGGGAUGUUUCAGGCAUCAAGUCGCACAUGUGUCCCCGCCGUGGACAGCAACAGCAGCCACCACCGCAGCAGCAGCAAAGCAACAUGUCUAAUGGCUUCAUGGGGAACAUGAACUACCACAGCUCCAGUGGGACAUCCAUGCCCUCCGGGAGCUCCAGCAGCAUUAAAGAAGGCAGCAGCCAGAGACCCUACUCCCAGAGUGGGGGUAAGAGGAUGGGCAGUAACGACAAAGACGACGACGAUGAUGGAGAGGUGUAUCAGUGCUCGGUAUGUGGCAAUCAUUAUGCCAGCCUAAGAGCUCUGAGAAGCCACCUUCGCAGCCACGCCAAUAACCCGAUAGGAGCAGGACCAUCCAAUCUGGAUCAGGACUGGAGGAUGAUCUGCUCCACCUGUGGCCAGAGCUUCUCCAGGAAGCAGGACCUCCUGAAUCACCAGUUAAUCCACGGCCCCCAGAGGCCAGACGGCCAGCAGCAGGGUAUCACCGGCGGCUCAGCCAAUGGCAGUGACAAGAUGGAUGGACGUAACCACAUAUGUGUGGACUGUGGCAUGUUUUUUGCCGACCAACACCACCUGGUCACUCACUUGUGCCCCGGUAAGAACCGAGGAAUGAAUAAGUCUGGCCUAAAUGGAGGCAAAGGGAUGUCUGGUGGUGAAGCUGUAGCUGGAGCCAGUGGUGAUGGGCGCAGGCCAAUGGUUGAUCAAAGUGACAAACCACACAAAUGUGACCAGUGUGGACGAGGAUACAGACACCCCUGCUCGCUCCUCAAUCACAAGAAGUCUCAUAAAACCGGCGUUUUCCGCUGCCUGGUGUGCCAGAAACGCUACUACAACCUGCUGGCGCUAAAGAACCACCAAAGGACCCACUUCGACCUCAAAAGGCACAAGUGUGAGGAAUGUGGCAAAGCCUUCAAGAUCCAAAAGCAGCUCAUCAACCACCUCCGUCUCCAUGAGGAGCACCGGGCCAAAGGUCUCGUCCGGACCGGUCCCAACGGUUCCCGCUUCCAGCAACCUGGACCAUCUCAAAUGCAGACAAUGAGAGCAGAGUCCUCAAAGGGCCCAGUCAUGGGGGUCAAGUACAGCCAUCAAGGCUUUAAGAAGCCUUACUCGUCGGCUGGGACCUCCAGGCCCCAGAAGUUUGACCCUGCUGAAAGUGGGCGAAGACCUUUUGCCUGUGAGGAAUGUGGAAAGACGUACCGCCAUGCUGGCAGCCUGGCCAAUCACAAGAACCUUCAUAAAAUUGGAGAGUACCACUGCAAUGUUUGCAACUCCACGUACCCCAACCGGUUGGCCAUGAAGAACCACCUGCGCCUCCACUUUGCCCAGAAGAAGCACAACUGUCAGGAGUGCGGUAAAGGUUUUCGCACUCAGCGGCAGCUUGCCACUCACACUACAGCUGGCUUGUGUAAAGGCCCGCAGGGCCCUGGGGCCCAAAUGGACUUUGAGUGCGACGGCUGCUGCGAAGGAUUCGCCACGGCUGACGAACUGUCUGCUCACGACUGCCCAGCUCAGCACCUUCCUUCGUCUUCCUCCACCAGCAGCUCCGCCAACAUCAGCAUGGAGAGGAGCUCUGUUGACAUGGACUCUGACGAGCGGCCGUACGCCUGCGACCUCUGCAGCUGCACCUACAAGCACGCCAGUUCCUUGCUCAACCACAAGCACACCCACAAGACCGGAAACUUCCGCUGCAACUUCUGCGACAAGCCCUACACCAAUUAUAUGGCCUUGCGCAACCACAUGCGCAUCCACACGCAGCGCAAGAAACACAUCUGCCACACUUGUGGGAAAGCUUUCCGGUUGGCAAGGUUCCUGCGUAACCACCAGAAGGUGCAUGAGGAGGGCGCUACGCCAUUCGGCUGCCCCAGCUGCGGGAAGAGUUUCCAGGGGAGGUCCGGUCUGGCCCGGCACCGCUGUGGGGACAACCAGGUAGGCAUGGAGGUCAGGAGGAAGGCCGCUGCACCCCCAGGAGAGGGAGAAGAGUGUCGGUACACAUGUGAUCAGUGUGGCCGCUCCUACCGCCACGCCAGCUCCCUGCUCAACCACAAGAACACCCACACCGUCGGCAUCUACCACUGCGCCGUGUGCCUCAAGACCUACAACAACCUGCUUGCCCUCAAGAACCACCGCCGCAUCCACUCUGAGACCCGCCGUCACCGCUGCCAUGACUGCGGGAAGGCGUUCCGUGUCUCCUCGCAGCUCUACAACCACCGGCGGGUCCACCAGAAGCAGCGGGAGCUGACCUGCCGGUCCUGCCAGCGAGCCUUCCCCACGCAGGCCAGCUUCAGGCUCCACAUGGAGAUCACCCACGGCCAGAUGCCGCAACCCCGCCAGCCCAGACCCCAGCAGCACCGGCCGGGCGGCUCCCAGGAGCUGGGCUGGGGGUCGGGCCUCGACCUCACCCUCAUGCAAGAGCAAGGACUCAAUCCCGGCAGCUUGGCUAAAGGCCGCAGCCGCGAGGGCAACGAUGAGGUCGCCAAGCCCCACAUCUGCAACCAGUGCGGACGCUCGUACCGCCACGCUAGCUCGCUGCUCAACCACAAGAACAGCCACAAGACUGGGACCUUCUUCUGCUCCUCCUGCCAGAAGGAGUUCCCCAACCUCAUGUCCCUCAAGAACCACCGGCGCAUCCACACCGAGCCCAAGCGCUACCAGUGCCCGGACUGCGGGAAGUCGUUCCGGGUGUCCACGCAGCUCAUCUGCCACCGCCGGAUCCACACCAAGGAGAAGCCUUUCUCCUGCCAGCAGUGCGACAAGCGCUUCUCCUCCAAGUCCAACCUGCGGCACCACAUGAAGGUGCAUUGGAGCGGCACCACGCCGCCGCCGUCGGCCAUGGCAGUGCCCAACUACCUGGGCAUGCCCGGCGGACCUUUCGUGUAGUCUAAGGGGGUGUCCAGUGCUGGCGGUGCCAAACCGUAGAUAAACCUUCGUCCUCCUCGGUGUGUGGUGGCAGUGUGUGUGAGGACAGAUAAACACACACACAGACCUUCUGCUAACCAUGCCUCCCUGCAUGAUGCCCCCCCACAGCUGCAGCACCUGAGCCUGACCCGGACUGUGGGGUCGUUGGGUCGCUGCUGGUUCCUCUGGUGGCCUUCGUCAGUGUUUUGAAGCCUUCUCACUCUGAAACGUAGCAUGAGUGGAGCUCGGCCGUCGGACCUUCAUGCCCUGCUGUCGGGCAGCAGAGACUCAUGGGACUUUUUCAGACUUAAGACGCGUGUGUGUGCUGUAACAGAGAGACACUUCCUAUUAUCUGGUUCACACACACGGACUCGGAGCGGAUGAUUUCUGUGCCAACAAGUUUGUUAAAACGCAUUUCAUUCGCAUUUAUCAAACCACAGAUUGUAUCCAACACUGUCUGGAUUUACCAUAGCAACGUCUCCUACUGCUCUUCUCUUUCCGCUGACGCUUCACAGGAAGUUUGAUGUUCGGUGCUGGAUCAGUCUCAACAUUCCUGGUCCAACCCUGAAACGGUGCAGAUGCUGGAAGAACGUCUGUUUGCUACGGUGGCUCAGAGAGCUCAACUUCAACUUCACAGAUUUCCAGUCACAACUUUGAGCUGAACUGGGUCAAAUUAAGUGAAUCGGAGGAAAAACAUCAGAAAUGUAAUUUUCAGAAAGAACAGCCAGCUUUUUAUUUAUGUUUUUAUAGUAGUGAGACUCAAUUUAAAUCUGUUAAUUUCAGGGUUUGAAAUUAACUUGCAAUUUAAUCAGAAAACUGGCAACAAAGUAAACAUUUUCAGUUUAAAAAAACAUUUUUAGCUGCUAAAUUAUUGACUAAGUUCUGGUUCUGGAGACUUUUCCUCCUCCACCAGAACCAAAUCCGGGUUAAAGUCUGAAGUCCUGGUUCUCCAUUAGUAAAUGUUGCUAUGCCUGUUCUGCACCAGUAGAGGGCGACGAUGUUAAAAACCCGGCGCAGUUCUGGGUCACAGAUGAUGUGACGUCAGUUCGUGUUUCUUCGCUCUGCUGUUAUAAAUAUCAUCAAAACGUUAUUAAUGCACACAGCGCAUGUAAACGCUACAUAUUUAACCUUCAUAUAUUUCUGAAAACGUGUUUCUGAAAGAAACAUUUUUAACUUAUUUCAGAUAAUUAACUGUUUUUAAACUUCACCCACAAAAACGGUGAACAUAAAAACCAUGUUGGGGAUAAAAUGACGUGUUAAAAACUGAUCAUCUGAACGGUUCUUUGAGCUGAUCCUGAAGAUUCGGUUCCCUCCAAAGAGCCGGAAGUCCCAUCGCUGGUCAGAACCCGGUUUACUCUUCAUGCCUGCGGAACCUGACGGGCUGAGCGGAUCAGAACCAGAACCGCACCGUAGUUUACCGAUCACAGCGUUUUUCUCAAAUCAACCCAGAAACAGGUUCUGGUUCCGAAUUGGAGUUUUUUUUUCUUCAGUUUUUCGGAGCCCGAUCAGCUGGCUCUCCGACUCGAACCGGAAAUUCCUCCAUGUUUGUCCUGCUGCCUGCGGCGCCACCUGCUGGCUAACCCAUCAACCUGCAGUCCGUGUGUGUGAACUGGACCCAAACUCUCAUCUCUGCGGCUUUGACCGAAGGAAGCAGAUCCUGUAGUAACUCAUUUAUUUAUAUGAAGCUGAUUAUUGAUUAUUGAUGAUUAACUCGUGUAUCGGACCGCGCUAGUGUUUAGGCUGUGUGACUUUAGAGCCGUGUCGAUGUGAAGCACCCCUCCGCUCGGAGCCGACGGACUCAUCCGGAUCCUGCCUCCUUCGCCCCGUGACGUCACGCCGACUCCCUGCUUCCGGACGGACUUCCGGCGGCGGGACGCCCGGCUCUGUCCCACUUCCUGUAUUUAUUGGUGUUUCUUUCCCGUUUCCCUUAUUUAACUGUUGGAAGCCUGUGUGUGUCUGUCAGCGUGUCGAGGAGCGCCGGUGCUAGUCAAAAAAUAAAAAUAAAGUGAAAGCCGUGCAGUGACGUCAAGUGCUGUAGGAGUCCAUGUGAUCUAGAACACAGAAAUGUCCCCAUCCGCCGUCUGUCCUCCGACACUUCCUGCCUGCGUCUCAGUAGAUUAGAGAGGAAAGUUUGGAGCGGCUGUAAUCCUCCGUUUGAAGCUCGAACUUUCCGUUUUCAUGCGUAUAUAUGAUGUAAUGCUUACUAUACACUUUUAUAAACUAUGUUUUGAUAAUUCAUUUCUUAACAGAGAACUUGUCCAUAUACUAUAACCCUUACUGCUGAGUACUGAAAAUAAAUAGAUGAGAAAAAAAUGA